AUGGCAACGAAAGAUGCAGAACUACUACUUUUUGGUAAAGUUGGAGAUACUUUACCACCAUUAAGAUCAAGAGUUGUUAGAAUUUUUACUAGUUCUACAUUCACAGACACAUCCGUUGAAAGAAAUGCGCUGAUGAGUGAGAUUUACCCAAAGAUAAAGGAUUAUUGUAAAACAAAUUAUGGAUUAGAGUUUCAAGUCGUGGAUAUGAGAUGGGGAGUACGAGACGAAGCCACAGAUGAUCACAUGACGUCACAGUUAUGUAUGAAUGAAAUCAAGGCUUGUCAAAAACUGUCAACUGGUCCCAAUUUUGUGACAUUUCUCUGCCAAAAGUAUGGAUACCGUCCAUUCCCACCCAAGAUUCCAGCAGAUGAAUUUGAAGCUAUGAGAGAUGUGCUAAAUGGAGAUGGUAAAUCAGUUGAUAUAUUAAACGACUGGUUUCAAAAAGACGCUAAUGCUGUCCCACCCAUCUAUAUCCUGCAACCUAUUAGUUCUAAAUUGAUUCAUUUUAAUGACAAUGAUCAUCCUGAUAAGAUGACGGAGGAUAGAAACAAGUGGUGGGAAAUAUUCGAGACAUUACAAGCACAAUUGAGAGAUGCUGCUGCCACAUGCCUUAAAAAUGGAAAAUUCAAUGCCCAACAAGAAGCAAAAUACAAGAUAUCUGUUACACAUGACGAAGUUGUGCAUGGUAUACUUGGCCAAAACACAGAUAAAAAAGAAGAUCACUGUGUCUGCUUUGUUCGAAAAUUCCAAGAUCUAGAAAGUAAGAGUGACAACAAAGAGGCUAAGAAUUUUAUUGACAUAAACUGGGAAGAUGGUAAAGUUGAUGAAGAAGCUAAACAACUUUUAACACAGCUACGUGACGAGCAGGUUCCAGCGAGCUUAAACAAAACAAAUGUAGUCAUAUCUAGUCUCAAUAAUUGGUCGGAGAAAGGUGUAGAUUUGGACAUUCCUGAACAUAAACAAUAUUUAGAGAAGUUUCUAAAGACAUUUUAUGAAACAAUUGUUGAACUAAUUGAGCGUGCAGUUGAGAAAGAUAAAAGUCAUAUUAGCAAUCAUCCUAUGUAUGAAGAAAUUCUACAACAUCUCGAAUUCUGCAAAGUUAAAUGUCAAUCAUUUCAUGGUCGAGGGGACCUUUUGUUAAAUAUAAAAAACUACAUACAGGAACGCAUUUCCGGUAAUUCGCAAAAUGCAUCUCCAAUGAUAGUGUACGGGGAAUCAGGCAGUGGAAAAACAUCGUUAGUGGCCAAAGCUGCUUUUCAGUCAGCAACUGAGUGGUUUGGUCAAGGAAAAAGCGCUGUCAUACUGAGAUUUCUGGGAACGACUCCGGCUAGCACAGGUGUGCGGCAGUUAAUAAAAUCAGUUUGUCAACAAAUAUUAACUAUCUAUGGCCAUGGUGACACAAAGCUCCCUGACGACUAUUUUCAAGUGGUUCGUUGGUUUUCAAAAGUUCUAAGAUAUGCUACACAUGAUAAACCAUUGGUGAUAUUUUUAGAUUCUUUGGACCAACUUUCAGCUGCAGAAGGAGCUCAUAGAAUGGCAUGGUUGCCAAAAUACCUUCCACCACACGUGGCCAUAUUGGUGUCUACCCUACCAAAAGAACAUGGUAUCUUGAAUACACUUCAAAACAUUCUUCCUAGCAUGGAAGGAGCUGUGGAAGUGAAACAACUAUCAGUAGAAGAAAGUAUGCAUAUCAUACAAUCUUGGCUACAAUCUGAGAAGAGAACCACCAACAGUGAACAACAAGGUAUCAUAUCUACAGCAAUUCAACAAUGCAGUUUACCACUGUUCCUAAAACUGUUGUUUGACCAGGCAUCUAGUUGGCAGUCUUAUUUGCCGAGUUCGAAAAUCAAUGUACAGCCCUCAGUCAAAGGAAUGAUUGCAGUAAUUUUUGAUCGUCUUGAAGAAUAUCACGGAAAGGCAUUAGUGUCUCAUGCCUUGAGUUACAUGACCAUUUCACAGAAUGGUAUCGGUGAAGCUGAAUUGGAAGACUUGCUGUCACUGGAUGAUGAAGUUUUACAAGAUGUGUAUGCUUACUGGUUACCACCAACACGGAGAAUACCACCACUGCUGUGGACACGUAUUCGAGCUGACAUUAAUGAUUAUCUGGUAGAAAGAGAAGCAGAAGGGUCCAGGGUUAUUUUUUGGUACCAUCGACAGUUCAUUGAGGCAGCUGCAGAGAGAUAUUUGCAUGAUGCAGAGUUUGUUAAGAGGUUACAUAUCAUGUGUGCACAGUAUUUCCUUGGUAACUGGAGUGGUGGAAAGAAGAAACCGUUUCACUACACCAGUGAGCAGAUGAACAAAUUUAAUAAGACAAGGAAGGAAGACGAGGAAGACAGAAAGGUUGCACCCCAGCCAUAUAUAUUUCAAGCAGGAAGUGGUGCAACCCAGUACAAUGUCCGCAAACUGGAACAGUUGCCUUACCAUUUGAUCCAUUCCAAUGAUGUUAAAAAGCUGAAAGAGCACACCCUUUGCAACUAUGAAUUCAUAUUAAAUAAGUUAAUGGGUAUGAAUCUCGCUGAAGUACUUCAGGACUUCACAAUGGCUAUAGCAAAAUAUGAAGAUGAUGAUGAUAUUCAAAUGGUAAGCGACACUAUAAGGGUUGGUUCAUCAGCUCUUAGAGAAAAUCCCUACCAUCUCAUCUUUGAAAUCAUUGGACGGUUAAAAGAUUCUAAAAGCCCUCACCUUAUUAAGCUUGUCUCAGAUGCAGAGAAAGCAACUACUGACCAACUUGCAUUAGUCCCAUACAAUCAGUGUUAUCCAGCACCUGGCGGCCUGUUGAGAACUCAACUCAUUGGACACACAGACGAGGUGCUAGCUGUGGCCACCACAUUUGAUGGAAGAUAUUUGAUUAGUGGGUCCAGGGACACAACAGCCAUAGUAUGGGAAUUGGAAAGCAGUUCCAUACAUCACACUCUGAAAGGUCAACACAAAUCUCCUAUUAGCGACCUUGUGAUAACUCCAGAUGAUCUCAUGGUAAUAACAUAUUGUUAUACAACAGAGCAAGAAGAUGAUAGAAGUACCGAAAUCAAUGUAUGGAACAUAGAAACAGGUGAACACUUCUUGAAGCUCGAAGGUCAUAGUUCUCAGGGAACCAGACCAAUAAGAUAUACGCCUGACUCAAAAUUUGCAGUGAGUGAUAUGUAUGAUGAACGAGUUGAGGGUUGCACCUAUGUUCGCGAGUAUUAUUUCAUAGUAUGGAGUUUGGAAAAUGGUCGCCCAUUAUAUCAGCGUGUUGAAGCACACAAAGAUACCAUCAAUGACAUCGCAGUAGCACGAUCACAACAAGGUCGCUAUCUAGUGGUGACAUGUGGUCAUGAUGAAGAUCCUGGGAUUAAAAUUUGGGAUCUACUUAGUGGACAGCAUUUAACCGAGAUCAUUGAUCGCUCUAAGCUACAACAUACAGCAUGCAAUGCCAUGGGGGUAUCAUCAAAUGGUCGUUAUGUUGGAUUUCAUUUCCAUCGACAUGCUAUACUUGAUGUCUAUACUGAUGAAUUUAUGUACUUAACUAAAGAAGAUUGCAGUUCUGCCCAGGAGGUAAAAUUCUUGUACAAUGACACAGAGAUAUUCUUCAAAGAUUAUCGCAGUGAUUACUAUUACCAGUACAAUGUUGAAGCAAAGACAAUCAGCAGAUCGGGUUGGUUUAGUGGUCGAGUUGGAGGAUAUAUGGAAAAGCUUUUUUUCACUGAAGACUGGAAGAUUAUCGUAUCAAAGAAUGAGAAUGCUGAUGCUGGGGAGGUAUGGAAAGCAUCUAAAGAGAAAAUAGGAGAUGGAAAUGAUCCUUGUCAACAUCUAUGUCGACUGCCACACACUAAACAGGUCAAUGAUAUGUGCUUCGUGAAUAUACCACAAUCCACCCUGGCCAUCACUGGGUCAUCAGAUAACAGCAUCAAAGUAUGGAAUCUGGAUUAUCUGAGAAGGAUGCAGAAAAAGAGUGAAGUCAAAAAAGGUGAGGGUGAUGAUGAUGAUGAAGAUGAUGACGAUGAAGAUGAUGAUUCGGAUCAUGAUGAUGACGCCAAUGAAACAUAUGCUGAACGAAGCCUUAUUUCCGACGUAUUGUUCAUCGUAUAG